UCCGCGCUCCCUAGUAACCGCACCGUUGCUAGGGGCGGCCGCCAUGGCGGCGGUGCUGAGCUGCUGGGCCCAUCUCUUCCCCGUCCUAUUCCUGGUGACUGCCCAGCCCGCCCCCGAGCCUGUGGCCAGCUCGGAGAGCCCCGCGGAGCCACCGGAGACCCUUGCUGCCGCCUGGGCGCGCCCCCGCAGCGGGCCAGCCCCGGUCACAGACGUUGCCAAGCUGUGUGUUUGUGAUCUCUUGGUGGCACAGUGUGAUGUAAAUUGCUGCUGUGACCCUGACUGCAGCGCAGCCGAUUUCAGUCUCUUUACUACGUGUUCAGUUCCUAUUGUCACAGGCGACAGCCGGCUUUGCAGUCAGAAAGCUGCUACAUAUUCACUUGAUGUUGAAGCAAAUCCACCGGAAAGGAUAUUUAAAUUAAUUGACCAAGUCAAUCCCAGUGUUUUCUGCAUUCAUGCUACAAACUAUAAACAAGCGCUCUCCUUCCGGUCCCCUGAAAUGCCUACUUCUGAAAAUUUCGACCUAUUGGUUAAACGAUUUGGAAGCGCUGCUUUCAGUGCUGAGCCUGACAGCUGGAACGUGAACACAGAUGCUCAAAAUCCUUCUGAUGCAAAUGAAACGUAUAGAUACGAGUACGGUGUUCCUAUACAGACAGCAGAUGCAUUUCUAAGACUGCCUAGUCCUGUUGUCUCCUCUUGGUGCUCCGAUGCAAAUCCUGCAGGGUUUUUAGUAAACCAGGCUACCAAAUGCACUAGAUCAGUAAGUGUGGAAAAAUGUGGCGACAUUCAAGCAGUUAGUAUGCUGUUCUAUAUCAACUCCAGCAUUUUAGCAGUGCCCAAAUCAAGUCAGAUGGUUAAUAUUACUGUCCAGUCCAUAGUUGUCCAAUCCCUGAAUGGAAUGCGGACUUUACUUAAUGGGAGUGAUGCCCUCAGGCUCCCUGUGAUUUUGGAUGAACUGUGCACAAAUAUAGUUCUUGGGGUGAGUUAUCACAUUACAUACACAGAUGCAGGAGAAAUAAUAGAAGCAGCUGCUUCUUUUGUCUUGGGGGCAAUUACCAAAGAAGCACUUUCAAUCCAACAGAGCUUUGACAUCAGCUUUACUCAGGUAAAUACAAAGCCAGUUCCCCUCAGUGGUAAUCCUGGUUACGUUGUUGGGCUGCCUCUCAGAGCGGGCUUCCAGCCACAAGGAUCUGGCAUCAUUCAGAAUACGAACAAAUACAGUCAACUUACCAUUCUGCAAAGUACAUCUAACCAGGACUGCCUGGCAGCACAGGGAGCCAGAACCCCAAUAUUAUUUGGUUAUAACAUGGUAUCAGGCUGUCAGUUACGAAUUACUGCAGCUAUGAAGUGCCAGCCUUUGACUCAGACCCUCCUAGAUUUACUGAAGGGACAAAGCUUUCCUGAAUACGUGGCGUCUUUUGGCAAUUCUCAAGCCCAGGAUGUACUCGACUGGGUGCCGAUAAUUCACCUCCGCACCUCAGAACAGAGCGCAUGCCAAAUACCGAUAUCUCUUGAAAUAGAAGUGAAGUGGACUAAAUAUGGAUCCCUAGUCAAUCCACAAGCCAGAAUAGUGAAUGUUACGGCAACGAUCACUACUACCACAUUGAAACAGCUUCCCCCAGGAAGGGAAAGGACUAUUCCUGUAACAAGUUCUGUUGUGUUCACUGAUAUUUCUUCACCUGCAGAGCCAGGCUAUAAAGCUUGGCCCACCAUUAAUGUCAAGUUACCCUUUGAUUUCUUCUUCCCAUUUGUCUAAGAAAAGCUCAAUGACCCUUCCAGCUGAAAUCACCUGGAGACGCCUGCUACAGCCAACACCUUUCCAAAUUCCCACUUACUGAAUGUGACUCUUCAGCUGUGAAACAGUCUCACCCCAGGGACCUUCUAGUACCUGAAAAAGUUCAUGUUGCGUUCAAACACCAGCCUGGUCUUUUAGAAUACACUUUCUAAUGGUUUUUCUGGAGUCUAACUGUUCCCAGCAGUCCACUCGCCUACAUCUGUUCUUACAUAUUCUAAUUCUUUUAAUGUGUUGAUUUAUGAGCUGUGGAAGCAGGAAGAACUUUGGAGCCCAGGAGGCCACAAAUGAACACUUGAACUGGAAGAAGAGAUGACAGAACAUGGUAUCAGAACUCCGAUCUGCUGCUGAGAACAAGGCACUGUCUGACGUAAAAUGGCACGUGUUUGCCUCUGUUUUGGUCCCGACUUGAUUGUGGGCUAAAGGAGUGGUAUGUUGGUAUUUUUGAAAUGAACGUUUUAUAAAUAACAAAGUGGCACAAGCAGCAACAGAAAUGAGGAAACUAACAACAAUGCGAAAAGAAUGGUUGGCAAAGAGAAGUACUCAUGGUGAACGGUCAGCUUGGAGAGAAGUGACCUUUGCAGCCUCGAUUCUUAUCGUUUGUACUGCAAGUUUCUACAAGAUGUUGCAAACAAAGAACAUUAUAACAGAAAAUUUUAAAUCUCGUACCGUUGUGGAUGUACAGCUUGUAAAGAUGUGUCUUUAUUAAAUUAUUUUCCAGUUUUAACUGUACAAGAAACGUCUUAUAAAAAUCACUGUUUACCAGGA